AAACAAGAAUUCUUUAUUACUAAAAAAAAAAAACAAAUUCGCGAAUAUUAAAAAUUGCAAAGUAAUUUUUUUUAUUGCUUCUGGUUUAAUACUGGCCGCAAAUUAUUUUUCAAGUGUGGUGAUUUGUUGUGCUAAUUCUUUAAAUCAUGGCCGACAAGCUGAAAAAUAACCUUCACGUGUUGGUAGCGAGAUUCUUUUAUUUAGAACACCUUGAUUGUUAAUUUGAAAUUAACUCUAGUGUGAUGCCAGUGUUAAUUUGAAUUGGAGUUCUUUUUUCUAAAAUGACAACAGUGACGUGUUUUCGCGCCAAAAAAACAUUAGUGGAUUUUACAGUUAUUUAUUACGUGUUUAAAAUCAAAAUGAAAUGAUGACUUUUCGCCUGUAAUCUGUGUGAGACGUUUGUAAAAAUGUGAACUUGUGACUAUGUGUUUUAUUAUGAUCUUCCAUUUGACUGUGUGCUAGUGCUGGAUUUUAGCAGACAUUUAUAUAAAUAAAAAUAGAAAUGGCGCUCAGAUAACACCGCAAUGGCAUUGAAACUGAAAUACAAGGACGAGCACGGGAUCCUGCACAUCAACAUGAGUCCGUCCGGGACGCCAAAGGAGCCGGACCCGCCUGAACCACCGGACAAAACGGACAUCACGGACCCAAAGUUUGACUCGAUCAACUCCCGUUUUGGACAAUACGAUCUCUUCGGUGGUAAAUACGAUAGUGGUGGGGACACACCGCAGUCGUUAUUCCGAAGUCGCUACAACAGCAUCGAAGAGGAACUAGCUAAUACGCCUUACGCUUUCGCUACAGAGCGGUCGCUUAGGCUUAACAAUGCGAAUUUGUUAGACAUCACUAUUAGUUCACGAUUGGACGAAGCAUCCCCGAGUAAGGAUAUCGAGGACGAUCGAUUUUUCCGCAACGUCGAUACCAAUUUGUUUGGACCGCAAAUCGAUGAAACGCCAGCGUUUACUGUAACGCAGUUGAUUCACGCGCAGGAUCGAUAUUUCGAUUUAUCGAGCCGGCAAUCGAGUGUGGCUAGCCCGGGUAAAGUGAAGAGUUUGACGAAUAGUUUCGAAGUGAGAAGUGCGCCCGGGUCGGCAAAGGAGAGGACUGUGAGGAUUGUUGAUAAGGAUGAGGCGUUCAAAGUGUUGUGUUCGACGGAAACUUCGGUGAAGACUCAAGAGGAGCCAGCGACUGCAACACCAGUGGUGCCCACGGCGAAGAGAAAGCGCGAAUCAUCGUUCGCUAUUAUCGCUGAUCCAGUGGUGUCCCGGCCUUCCAGUCCUCGGUCACUUCCAGUGGAAAUACGGACAGAACGGGUCUCGCCUUUCAAAGGUCGCGGCUUUAGGGAAAGUACAUCUCGACACAAUACUCCAAGAACCUCUGCUAGAAACUCAAGAGCAAAUUCCCCUCCUAGAAGAAGAACGAACUCUUUACCUAGAAUAGACAAAAUGGCUGCUACUGCUCUUCCUCCCCCAAUACUUAAUCUUUCCUCCAGGCCACAUUCACCUAGAAACUUUCUCAAAGAAAACAUAGAAGAAGUUAGAGAAUUAAGUGAACUAAAUAGAGAAAAACACGAAGCAGAAGCAGAAAAAAAGAGACAAGAAGAAGAGGAAGCGUUGCUUAAAGAAAUGGGUCUAACAGAGAAGAAUGCAAAAAGCGAUGCUAUCAGAAGUGUUGUUUGUUCCCGCGCUACGUCUAGAAGUAGUUCCCCGAACAAAAUUAGUUUCAGAUCUAGAUCUAAUUCUCCUUCGGCUAUUCUACAUUUCGAAAACAUUUCAACUGGUAGCCAAGAAUUUAUCAAUAAAGAUGAUGGCAUGCCUAGACAAGUCACGCAUAAAUCAAGACUCAGGUCUGUUUCAAGAUCCCAACCUCAAUCUAAUGAUGGAUCUCCAAAACAUUCUAAAAUACCAAAGCGGCAAAGUUCUGUGUCUCCAGCGAGAACUAACAAUUGGAGAGACAGGUCAAAUUCUAGAUAUUCACCAGAAAACAAUUUAAAUAAAAGUCAAAGAUUCAUAUCCAAUAGCACGAGCAGUAUUCAUGAAACAAUUAAAGUUGGGAGUCAAAAUCAUGACAAAAGGGUAAUUAGUAAAAGUACCCAAUUUCUGAACAUUGCACCAGCGCACAUAAGAGGAAAGCCACCAAUUUCUCCGGGAAGAAAUGGCCCACCGCCUGCAAAUAAAUCAAUAAAUGCCAAACGCCUUUCUCCAAUUGUAGGUACGCCAAAUAAAAGUCCAGUUGAAGAUCUGAAGCCCAAAUCUGCCAAAACUCCAACCAAACCUUCUACAUUGACUAGAAAGUCUGUUAAAACUGCUGGAAAUACGCCUGCUACAUCUAGAUUAAAUUCUAGACAGCCAAGCAGAACAAUAAGCAGAGACCCUAGUCCUGAUAAACGUAAAGUUAAUGCUAAAUCUGUAUCAAAGCCUACAACUAAAUCACCCACCAAACCAAUAACUAGAGCACCAAGUUCAAAAACAACUCAAAAAACUACAGUAUCGCCAACCAAGCCUGAACCUAAAAAACCUAUGAAUAGAACAAAUAGUAUGAAAAGUUUAACUAGAACACCCAGUACAAGGACACUCAAUGAGAAACCACCAUUUCAAAAAAGAGACAGUAAAAGAGACUUGUCUGCCAAAGCCAAUUCAACAAGUAAACUUAAUGAAGUUGGAGCAAAGAAAGACAACUCUAAACAAGAUGAUAGGAAAUCCCUUAAAUCAGGAGUUAUUAAAGAAAAAAUAUCACCGAAAAAAGUUGAUACAAAAAAGAAAGAAACUAAAACGAGUGCAAAAAAGGUUACCGAUUCCAGUAUGGGUAUUGAACAAGUAGCCAAACAAGACAAUGAGACACAGUAUGACAAAAUGACUAAUGACAAGGGUGAAUUAGUAAUCUUAACAAAAAAAAGUGUUGUUUCUAUGACUACUGCAGCAAUCACAUCGCAACCUCUUGAAGUUGUAACCACCGUUACCAAUCAGUUACCAGCUGCUUUUGAAAAAGCAAGAGAAAAAGGAAUAUUUGAGAGAUUGAGUUCGAGAGAUUCCUUGGCUCCUAAAGAGGAAAUGGAAGAUAAAGAAGCAGAAACCAAAUCUGACAUGAAAGAAGUAUCAGAUGAUAAAGAUAAAGCCAAAGAAAAGGACAAAGUCAAAGAAAAAGACAAAAAUAAGGAAAAGGAGAAAGAGAAAGAAACUGAAAAGGACAAAGAAAAGGAGGCCGAAAAAGAAAUAGAGAAGGACAAAGCAGAUGACAAGAGGUCAGCAAAACCUGCAAAGUUGGCAGCAAUAUAUUUGGAUGAUAAUAUAAAAUUGAAACCAUUACAACCACCAUUUAAUAACCCACAUUUGGAAAGAGUAAGGCACAAGAUUGACGAAAUUUUGAAAGAGCCUGAAGUAUCCACGGAAAAUAUAUUGACAACAACACCUAAGAUUGUAAAAGACACAAAAAAUACAUUCAAAAGUGUUGCAGACAAAACGAAAAGUGAUAUUAAAGUUGCUAAUGAGACUAAAGAUGAAAUGGCAGCAAAACUCACAGAUAUAAAAGAUCGAGCUGUUAAACAAAAUGAUAAAUUAGCAGCAGAAAUGCGGUCUGAAGCUACAAAAAUUGUGGACAGUAUUAUAACACCAAUCGAAGAGCCAAAAGAAUUAAAGGAAAAAAUUCAGGAGGAAGUAAAGAAAGAUGUUGAGCCUAUAGUGGUAGUGGUAAAUGAAAAGAAGAGAGAUAUUGUGGCAGAAGCUGAGAAAAUGACAGAGACUUUGGUGAAGGGAGAGCCAGAAGUGGAGGUGCAAAGUUCCAAUGUGUCGACCCCUGGAAUGGAGAAAAUGGAAAAGAUGGCGUCGAAGAAAAUGGUUGAUGGAAACGAUUCUGAUAAAUCGACACACAGCAACGGCGGAUUCCCCCAAAGCACAAGCACGACUCCCAAACCACCAGCUCGGGCCAAUCGCAGACAAUCUAAAGAAGAGAAGACUACAUCAUCCAAUGAUAGCAAAGAACCGACACCUGAGGUCCAGAAACAACCGAACAUCUGCGUUCGUUUGAUGACGAAAUGCAAGACCAAGUGCUGUCCUUGUUGCGUGAAGGGGGACAGCGAUGAUGAAACAGAGAUGGCAGAUGUGGAAGCGCAGAAGACAGGCACGUUUAGUAAACUCAAUUGCUGUAAAAAGGACGAAAGUGCGGAGACUAAUGCAGAAAAAGCGGCAGGGAAGACAUCGACGAUAGAAUUCGAAAGCGAGACGAAACGAAAACACAAGCUACGCGACGUGUUCUGCGGUUGCUGCGGUCGGCGACGCCGCGUCAGCGAUGUGUCUGUGCCGCCGCGGCACGUCGGCGACGUCGCGGCGGUGCCGGGCGUCGUCGACACUGGAUGCUGGGGCAAGAGGAGACCGGAGGUCGAGAGGAGAGACAGCAUACUGAGCGACAGGCCUCCGCCCAAUUGCUGCACGCGGCUGUGCACGUGGCUCCGCGGCUCCUGUCGCCGGCAGUCCGAGCAGUCCUCCAGCCGUCGCACCAGCAUGUUCUCCAAGAACAAGAGUCUCUCCCCAACACUGCCGCCAGAGGACACCCGCAAGAAGCUAGACACGACGCUGGUGGAGCACACGAGUGUAAUGCGCGGCGCGAUCCCCGUGCUGCCGAGCGUGCUCGCGUACUUCUGUCUGCUCGCCAACAUUCUCGUGCCGGGGCUCGGUACGAUAUUAAGUGGAAUGUUCUGUCUGUGUUUCGGAAUACCUCGGUUUGGGGUGCACGACGGGGCCAAACAUAGGAUAGGCUCGUUCCUGAUCAACCUGGUGGUAGGUUGCGGGCAGCUGUUCACAGUGCUAUUCUGCCUGGUUGGCUGGGGCUGGUCCAUUUGGUGGGGCGUCAUCCUUGUCAAAGUCGCGCGUAAAUAUAAAAAGCUGAAAGCUGAGGCGGCCGCGGAAGAAGCGGAAGCCGCGCCACCAGUUACUGACAACAACCACACGCGCGCGUAACAGACAGACAUACAACACAACAUAUGAGUACAAACAUAACCUAAAAAGAACAUGAUGAGAUAUCCAUUUGAAAUGCUUGAGAUGUACAGAAAAUUUAAGAACCAAAACAAAGAAUAAAAUAGGAUUUCGACAAAAAUGUUUUUGAAAAAUGAAACCAUUUUUUUAUAUUUAACGACAAUUUUUAAAACUUACCCGAAUGCAGGUCAGGAUACAAUCACCAAGAGAUAUAUCAUGUCUCCGUUCUUUUCUUAAAAUUGCAUUUAUUAUUAUCUGUACAUCCCAAGAAAAUAUGGACAAAUUGUCAGUGUUAUUGAAAACGAAAAGAUUUGCCGAACUACCCAUAAAAUAUAUUAUUUUUGUAACCAAGGAGGAGGAUACGCAGAAACAAGAUUUGUCGUCGAAAGAAAAUGUAAUUAAUUGUAAAUAUAUAGAUUGGACCUAGCGGCAUUUAAAUUGAACUUUUGUAAAAUAAUCUGCUGGUCAGAUGUCGUAACCGGUCCACGGUAUUUUCCCAAUUUUAACUUCCAUUCGAAGUUUUCCGGCCGAAGUACGGCCUUCUUUGAAGUAUUGAUAGGUAACACGUCUAUGUACAUGGUAUUAUAAGCCCCAAGUGCUUCAAAAGUAUUACUUAAGAUAGAAGAUUAAGGACCCGCUUCACCACUUGUUGAUAAGGCAUCUGAUAGUCUUCUUAUAUGUAACAUAUCGAACAGAUAGGGUUAACAAUUAUUUCACAAGUGUGGAUACGGCUAACUGGCCAGACACAUGAGGCAGGAUUAGGUAUUUAAGAGUUAGUUUUAUAUGUCAGAUUACAAUAUGAUGUUUUAUCACAAAGUAGUGAAAGGGGGGUUAAGUAAUUGACAAGUUUGCAUGUUGAAAACAUGUUAAAUGGGACAUGUCUCACUCUUUACACACUUCUAUUCUAAGAAAUUUGGAAUAUUAUCCUAAUUUUCGAAUAUUGGAAUAUCAUCUAAAUAAUCAUCUCAAAAAUAAAUGAGAAAAGUAAUCCUUUGCUGUACACUAUCCUGUACAGACGCGAUUUUCAAUUAUAUUUUAUUUUGUGACUCGAAAUUCUCAUCUGAAUCUCCCGAGAACGAUCUGAAGAGAAUUCUCGGAAACACAAAGCAACAUAGUAUGUUUGCUGAUUUGCAUAUUCCAUUCAUCUUUGUCACUCACACUUUGAGGGUACGGGAUGGCAAUGCAAUGUAACUCACAAUAUUCUAACCUAUUGCGAUACAGUAGACUUAAGAAUUUUUUAACGACCAAAACAUUUUUAACAAAUUCAGUAGUAGUGAUCACGUAAUAUUUUUUAGCAAAUAAAUAUUAAAUAAUCGUGUAGUUUUUUGACAUUUUUCCAGAUGUAAACUGUAUGCAGUAUUAUAUUCCGUUGAUUAAGUAUUAUUUCAUCAUUAUAAGUAAAAUGUAUAUCUAACCAUUCCAUAAUUUUAAGUACCUACCAAUUUAUUGUAAAAAUUGCGUGAAACUGUUCUUAAUCUGAUUUUGACGUUAUUUACUUAAACGUUCUUCCA